CCUCGUGGGCGACCUAACCUAAAAAGGAGAAAAGUCCGACACAUGUGGGCACGUCGCCACGCGGUCUUGUACAUUGCUCCCUACAUGGCUCGCAUUUUCUCGCAGAUAGCGAUAUCUCGUGGAAAAAUCUAAGCGCCGAUGAGCGCGUCACGUGGCUAAAAUCUAAUCCCGGGGACAGUGUUGCGCAACAAUUAUGUUCGGUACGUUAAUAACCAGUGCUCGCGACGUCGUCGCGCGGCCAGUAGUGCGAACCUGGUUGGCGUGUCACAGGACGAAGUUGCGUCAGACGUUUCCGCGUCGGUUCGCCACUAACGAGCUGAAAAGGCGUCUCAAAGCCGAGCAGAAGGCCAAGGAGAAAGCCGAAAAGGAGCAGGCCAGGACGCUUGCAGCGGCAGCUCAGCCAAAGAAGGAUGUCUCUGCGAAGAAGGAUAUCAAGGAGGAGGAGAUUAGUCCGAAUGAAUAUUUUAAGCUCCGGUCGAAUUGGGUCAAUCAACUCAAAGCUAUCAAUGACAAUCCUUACCCGCACAAGUUUCAUGUAUCGAUCUCUCUCGAGGAGUUCAUCGAGAAGUUUAGGGAUACGUUAAAGGACGGUGAGAUACUUGAGGAUACGAUACACCACAUCGCCGGACGCGUCCACUCCAUUCGAGAAUCCGGCACCAAGCUGAUAUUUUAUGAUCUUCGUGGGGAAGGUGUCAAAGUGCAAGUGAUGGCCAACGCGAGAUUGUAUGUGAAUGAGGAGAGGUUUGUAGCGGACACUGCAAAGAUUAAGAGAGGUGAUAUCAUAGGCGUCGUCGGCAAGCCCGCGAAGAGCCAUAAGGGCGAAUUCUCGAUCCUACCACUCUCUAUUUCCCUUCUGAGCCCGUGUUUACAUAUGUUGCCACAUCUCUACUUUGGUCUGAAGGACAAGGAAACGAGAUUCCGGCAGCGAUACCUGGACCUCAUAUUAAACGAUAAAGUUCGAGAAAUCUUUCAUACACGCGCAAAAAUAAUCGCUUAUAUGCGCAAGUUUCUUGACGGUAUGGGUUUCUUAGAAGUCGAGACUCCUAUGAUGAAUAUGAUCGCUGGAGGUGCGACCGCCAAACCCUUUGUUACCCAUCAUAAUGAACUCAAUAUGGACUUGUUCAUGAGAAUCGCUCCGGAGUUGUAUCACAAGAUGUUGGUCGUCGGUGGAAUCGACAGAGUAUAUGAGAUCGGUAGGCAAUUCAGGAACGAGGGCAUUGACAUGACCCACAAUCCCGAGUUCACCACCUGUGAAUUCUAUAUGGCAUAUGCCGAUUACAAUGACCUGAUGGAGAUCACGGAGAACAUGGUGUCCGGCAUGGUGAAGGCCAUACAUGGGACUUACAAGAUAGAGUACCAUCCGGACGGACCAGAGGGCAAAGCAUAUGAGAUCGACUUCAAGCCGCCUUUCAAGCGCAUCUCGAUGAUGAAGAAGUUGGAAGAGGUUCUGCAGGUCAAACUACCUGAAGCCGAUCAGCUUAAUACGCCAGUAGCAAAUAAGUUCCUUAGCGAUCUUUGUGAGAAACACGAGAUCGAGUGUCCUCCACCUAGGACAUCGGCGAGGUUACUAGACAAGCUCGUUGGAGAGUUUAUCGAGGAGACGUGUAUCAAUCCCACCUAUAUCAUUGAUCAUCCACAAGUAAUGUCUCCAUUGGCGAAAUGGCAUCGAUCCGAGAAAGGCCUUACUGAACGAUUCGAGUUAUUUGUUAUGAAAAAGGAAAUUUGUAAUGCGUACACCGAACUGAACGAUCCAGUCGUUCAGAGAGAAAGGUUCGAGCAGCAGGCAAAGGAUAAAGCAGCGGGUGACGAGGAAGCACAAUUGGUUGACGACAAUUUCUGCACAGCUUUGGAAUACGGUUUGCCGCCAACAGCUGGUUGGGGAAUGGGUAUUGACCGAUUAACAAUGUUCCUCACCGACUCGAAUAAUAUUAAAGAAGUAUUGUUUUUCCCUCAAAUGAAACCGGACGAUCCGAAUAAAAACAAGGAAGUUACUGAAGAUGACAAAGCGUCAAACGAUAGUGCAGAAAAAUAAAAGUUAAAAUUAUUUAAAAGCUAUAUAUACCUAAAUAUAAAAUUGAUGAUUUGUAUUUCGAAAUUUUG